UGUGGUUUCCAGCGCUCUCUGCCUCCACCAAGUGUCGUGGCGCGAUGGAUCCUGGGACCGGAAAUUAAGGCAGCACGGGGCGCCGGGUCUGACAGGAGCCCUGCGCUUGGAGGUGUCAAACUGCGGCGAGAGCAGAGCCCCACGCCCGGCCAUGGGUCUCCUGUCGGACCCGGUGCGCCGGCGCGCGCUCGCCCGCAUCGUCUUGCGCCUAAACACACCUCUCUGUGUGCUGAGCUACGUGGCUGGCAUCGCCUGGUUUUUGGCGCUGGCUUUUCCGCCGCUAACCCAGCGCACUUACAUGUCCGAGAAUGCCAUGGGCUCCACCAUGGUGGAGGAACAGUUUGUAGGUGGAGACCGCGCCCGGAGCUUUGCCAGGGACUUCGCUGCCCACCGCAAGAAGCCAGGGGCUCUGCCGGUAGCCUGGCUGGAACGGUCCAUGCGAUCCGUAGGGCUGGAAGUCUACACUCAGAGCUUCUCCCGAAAACUACCCUUCCCAGAUGAGACCCAUGAGCGCUAUAUGGUGUCAGGUACCAAUGUUUAUGGCAUCCUGCGGGCCCCACGUGCUGCCAGUACCGAGUCCCUGGUCCUUACCGUACCCUGUGGCCCAGACUCCACCAAUAACCAGGCUGUGGGGUUAUUGUUGGCACUUGCUGCCCAUUUCCGAGGGCAGAUUUACUGGGCCAAAGAUAUCAUUUUCCUGGUAACAGAACAUGAUCUUCUGGGCACUGAGGCUUGGCUUGAAGCCUACCAUGACAUUAAUGUUACAGGCAUACAGUCAUCUCCCCUGCAGGGCAGGGCUGGCGCCAUCCAGGCUGCUCUAGCUCUGGAGCUGAGCACAGAUGUGGUCACCAGCCUUGAUGUGACUGUGGAGGGACUCAACGGUCAGCUGCCCAACCUCGAUCUGCUCAACCUCUUCCAGACCUUCUGCCAGAAAGGGGGGCUGUUAUGUACACUGCAGGGCAAGCUGCAGCCCCAGGACUGGACAUCGCUCGAUGGGCCGUUGCAGGGUCUGCAGACCCUGCUGCUCAUGGUGCUGCGGCAGGCCUCUGGCCGGCCCCAUGGCCCCCACGGCCUUUUUCUGCGCUACGGAGUGGAGGCCCUAACCCUACGUGGCAUCAAUAGCUUCCGCCAGUACAAGUACGAUUUGGUGGCACUGGGCAAGGCUCUGGAGGGCAUGUUCCGUAAGCUCAACCACCUCCUGGAGCGCCUACACCAGUCCUUCUUCUUCUACCUGCUGCCUGCCCUCUCCCGCUUCGUCUCCAUUGGCCUCUACAUGCCCGCCGCGGGUUUCCUGCUCCUGGUCCUCGGACUCAAGGCCCUGGAGCUGUGGAUGCAAUUGCACGAGGCUGGAGUAAACCCGGAAGAGGCUGGGAAGGCUCCUAGCCCCGGCUCUCCACUCUUGGCAACACAGGGCGUGGGCCUGGCCCCACUUAUGGCGCCCCUACUGAUCUCUCAGGCCAUGGGUUUGGCCCUCUAUUUCCUGCCUGUGCUGGGCCAGCACAUAGCCACGAGGCAUUUUCCAGUGGCUGAAGCUGAGGCUGUCGUGUUGACACUGUUAGCGAUUUACGUAGCCGGCCUGGCCCUCCCACACAACACCCACCGAGUGGUCAGCUCCCAGGUCCCAGACAGGGGCUGGAUGACGCUGAAACUAGUGGCCCUGAUCUACCUGGCACUGCAGCUGGGAUGCAUUGCUCUCCUCAAUUUCUCCCUGGGCUUCCUCCUGGCUGCCACCAUGGUGCCCGCAGCUGCGCUCACCAAGCCCCAUGGCCCCCGGACACUCUACGCUGCCCUGCUGGUAGUGACCAGCCCAGCAGUCACACUCUUCGGGAGUCUGUUCCUCUGGCGGGAGCUGCAGGAGAUACCGCUGUCUCUGGCAGAGGGUUGGCAGCUCUUCCUGACAGCCUUGGCUCAGGGUGUGCUAGAACACUACACCUAUGGCGCCCUCCUCUUCCCAAUACUGGCCUUGGGUCUGUAUCCUUGUUGGCUGCUUUUCUGGAAUGUUCUCUUCUGGAAGUGAGGUCUCUGGGAAGGGAACCCCAAGCUUCCAUGCUACCUCCUCCCUGGGAAAUAAACUGUACUUUGGGAUCCUG